AUGUGGCUCGCGGCCAGAGCUCGUACGAGUACCCGUAUUUCGUUGCGUCCUUUUACCACAUCAACAUACAGUACGCCUACCUGCCCUACCUACAUACCGCCGUCCGCGGAAGCAUCUCCCGUGAAAGUCAGUUUGGCCGCUUGGCACCAUCAGGACAACCAUCACCCCUUCCCUUUCCUCACCCUUUCGACGCUUCGUCGUCCGACAAUGGCGGUGACGAGUGGAACAUCCUCGCGCGUCGACGCAUCCCAGUGGCAGCAUCGGCCGAUGCAAAGGCCAGCACGAGCGCCAUGGAACGUCGAGAUUCCCUCGUCCGACGUGGCCAACCUCCUCCGCGGCUUCGUCCCGAUCGAGAUGGAAGACAGGUGGUUCUGCUACGCCGAUGCGGCCGACGCCGACGACGGCACCAUGCUCGUCCACCUCUGCCGCAGCUGGACCGGUGCCGAGAUGGUCGUCCUCGCCGUACGGACGACGCUGGAUGCGACAGGGGCCGUCGACGAGUCGGCGGCCGCGAGAGUGACGGAGAUUAGGUGGGAGGAGGCGGGCGAGGAAGGGGAUCGUGGAGAGGCAUCAGCCAAGGAGACGGCCGAGAUGGUGUGCCGCGUCGUCCUGAAUUGCCAGCUGGUGGCUGGUGAUGGUGGUACGUAA